AUGAAUUUUGGUAAUAGAACUCCAACAAUUGUUGUCCUUAAGGAAGGUACCGAUUCCUCUCAAGGUAAGGGACAAAUUAUUUCGAAUAUCAAUGCCUGUUUAGCAAUUCAAGAAACGUUGAAGCCAACAUUAGGUCCUUUGGGAUCCGAUAUCUUAAUUGUUUCUUCUAAUCAAAAAACCACUAUUUCUAAUGAUGGUGCAACCAUCUUGAAGUUACUGGAUGUCGUUCACCCUGCAGCAAAAACAUUAGUGGAUAUCUCUAGAGCUCAAGAUGCUGAAGUUGGUGAUGGGACUACAAGUGUUACGAUAUUAGCAGGUGAAUUAAUGAAGGAAGCUAAACCUUUUCUAGAGGAAGGUAUUUCAUCCCACUUAAUCAUGAAGGGGUACAGAAGGGCUGUCAGUUUAGCGGUGGCGAAAAUUGAAGAAUUGGCCACUGACGUCUCUGCUGAACAUCAAGAUAGCAGAGAAUUAUUAGAACGUUGUGCCAGAACGGCAAUGAGUUCAAAAUUGAUCUAUGCUAAUGCUGACUUCUUUGUUAAAAUGUGUGUGGAUGCUGUUUUAUCUUUGGAUAGAAAUGAAUUGGAUGAUAAAUUAAUUGGUAUUAAGAAAAUUCCAGGUGGUGCCAUGGAAGAAUCUAUUUUUGUGAAUGGUGUUGCAUUUAAAAAGACAUUCUCUUAUGCUGGUUUUGAACAACAACCAAAAAGAUUUACUAAUCCAAAGGUGUUAAGUUUAAAUGUUGAGUUGGAAUUAAAGGCUGAAAAGGAUAAUGCUGAAGUACGUGUUGAACAUGUCUCUGAUUACCAAGCUAUUGUAGAUGCAGAAUGGCAACUAAUAUUGGAUAAAUUAGAACAAAUCCAAGCUACAGGUGCCAAUAUUGUGCUAUCUAAGUUGCCAAUUGGUGAUUUGGCAACUCAAUUUUUCGCUGAUAGAAAUAUCUUUUGUGCAGGCAGAGUUAGCAGUGAUGAUAUGAACCGUGUGAUCCAAGCUGUUGGUGGUUCUAUACAAUCUACAACCUCUGAUAUUAAACCAGAACAUUUAGGUACCUGUGAAGUAUUUGAAGAAAUGCAAAUUGGUGCUGAACGUUAUAAUUUAUUCAAAGGUUGUCCUCAAGCUAAGACCUGUACCCUUUUGCUAAGAGGUGGUGCUGAACAAGUUAUCGCAGAAGUGGAAAGAUCCCUUCAUGAUGCCAUAAUGAUUGUUAAGAGAGCUUUACAAAACAAAUUGGUCGUAGCUGGUGGUGGUGCUAUCGAAAUGGAAGUUUCCAAAUAUCUAAGAAAUUAUUCAAAAACUAUCGCAGGCAAACAACAACUGAUUAUCAAUGCAUUUGCCAAGGCGCUAGAGGUGAUUCCAAGACAAUUAUGUGAGAAUGCUGGUUUUGAUGCAGUUGAAAUAUUAAAUAAGCUAAGAUUAGCCCAUAGCAAAGGUGAAAAGUGGUAUGGUGUCGAUUUUGAAACAGAAAACAUCGGGGACAAUUUCAGUAAAUUUGUAUGGGAACCUGCUUUAGUUAAGAUUAAUGCUUUACAAAGUGCCACUGAAGCUGCUAAUUUGAUUUUAUCCGUUGACGAAACUAUCACAAAUAAAGAAAGCGGAGCACCUAAUGCAGGGAUGAUGCCUCCUCAAGCUGGCGGAAGAGGUAGAGGGCUGCCAAUGCAAUGA